GGAUGAAUCCUCGGCCCAACACAGAGAAAUCAGGUCAAAUUCUCAUCUAUGAGCUUCGAGGCACAGCCUAAAUCUCAAGCCCAUGGACGAAUUUUACCCAAAAAAAGUCCAUGGACAUAUCCCAGCCCAAUUACCCAUAGCUCAUAACCAUAAGACUGGGCCUUGGGCCCCUACUUUUCUUGCCCUCACAGGUUGGCAUUUCAGAGAUAAGAAGGAAAUUGUGAGGACAAGAAGUGAAAAAAUGGGAAGAAACCAGAUACACGAUUACACGUAGAGAUAUGGGAAGAAGAAGCUCAAGGAGGCCAACCAGAACCAUCAGCCAUGGCCUCAACCGUGCCUCUCUCCAUCCCAAGCUCUCCUCCGAGUCCGAGCUCUAGCAAAUUCCAUCACAACCAGAGCCAAUUAUCUUCAAGCUCAACAAUCUCAGCACUUCCCACCAAAACCCAACCACAAGAGAAACAAGUGCUGCCUUCCAAUCUCAAUGGAAACUCUCAGCUUCUUCUACAGCACCAAAGCUCUUUAAACCCAAAACAGAAAACCCCCACACUUCGGUCCCGUCUCAGCCAAUUAUGUCAGGAAGGCCGACUGGAGCUCGCUCGCCGCCUCUUCGACGCCGUUCCCCGACCCACCACCGUUCUUUGGAACACAAUCAUAAUUGGGUUCAUCUGCAAUGGCAUGCCGGAGGAAGCCCUCCGGUUCUAUGUCCGGAUGAAGAACACACGCGCCACAAGGUCUGAUUCUUAUACGUAUUCUUCCGCGCUUAAAGCGUGUGCCGAAACCAAGCAAUUGAAGUUCGGCAGAGCUGUACAUUGUCAGAUUCUUCGCUCUCAUUCUAAUCCCAGCGUAAUUGUUAAUAAUUCGCUUUUGAAUAUGUACGCUAAUUGUUUGAGCCCACCUAUUGAUAACUCGGCGGAACAUACGGGUCAGGGGGUCGUGGAAUUUUACAAGCUCGACUUAGUACAGAAGUUGUUUGAUAGAAUGCGUAAGAGAAACGUAGUGGCGUGGAAUACCUUCAUUGCAUGGUAUGUUAAAACGGGACGGUAUGUUGAAGCUAUAAGGCAAUUUAAGCUGAUGUUGAAAAUGGGAAUAAAACCAACUGUUGUUAGUUUCAUUAAUGUCUUCCCUGCAGUAGCAGGGAUUGGAGAUAAAAAGAACUCUGAUGUUCUCUAUGGUUCACUUGUUAAAAUGGGUAAUGGGUAUGUUGAUGAUCUGUUUGCUGUUAGUUCAGCAAUUUUCAUGUAUUCAGAGCUUGCUGACAUGAAUUCUGCAAGGCGGGUUUUUGAUUUGUCUAUAGAGAAAAACACAGAAGUUUGGAACACUAUGAUUGACGGGUAUGUUCAGAAUGAUUAUCCCCUUGAAGGCCUCAAUCUUUUCCUUCAGGUUUUAGAGAUGGAUCAGAUUGUGCCUGAUAGUGUAACUUUUCUCUCUGCUCUUACAGCAGCAUCGCAAUUGCAACGGCUUGAUUUUGGGCAACAGAUUCAUGCUUUUGUGAUUAAGAAUUCAAUGGCACAUUCUAUUAUUAUUUCAAAUGCAUUAAUUGUUAUGUAUUCAAGGUGUGAUUCCAUUGAAUCUGCCUUCAAAGUCUUUGAGAAGAUGUCAGAGAAGAGAGAUCUUGUUUCGUGGAAUACCAUGGUUUCUUCUUUUGUACAGAAUGGGUUUGAUGAUGAAGGAUUGACACUGGUAUAUGAGAUGCAGAAGCAAGGGUUCCUGAUUGAUUAUAUAACUGCAACAGCUUUGCUUUCAGCAGCAUCAAAUGUCAAGAAUGGAGAAAUUGGAAAGCAGACUCAUGCUUACCUCUUCAGACAUGGGAUUCAAUUCGAAGGAAUGGACAGUUACCUGAUAGAUAUGUAUGCCAAGUCGGGUCUGAUCAACAAUGCAAAACGCCUUUUUGAGUAUAAUGAUGACACUAGAAAUAGGGAUCAAGUCACAUGGAAUGCCAUGAUCUCAGGUUAUGUGCAGAAUGGGUACAUCGAGCUUGGUAUUACUGUGCUCCGGCAGAUGCUCAAGCAAAAUGAGAUACCUAAUGCUGUUACAAUUGCAUCAAUCCUUCCUGCUUGUAAUUUAAUAGGAGGAAUCAGUCUGGGAAGGCAGCUCCAUGGAUUUGCCUUCCGCCACUUAGUGGACCAAAAUGUAUUUGUUGGCACUGCUCUUAUAGACAUGUAUUCAAAAUGUGGCGCCAUUGAUUAUGCUGAAAAAGUGUUUGCUAGCCUACAUGAGAAAAAUUCAGUCACAUGCACUACCAUGAUACUAGGCUAUGGCCAACAUGGACUGGGUUCAAAAGCUCUUUCUCUGUUUCAGUCAAUGUGUCACUCUGGCAUGAAACCUGAUGCAAUCACUUUUGUUGCAAUUUUGUCAGCAUGCAGUUAUGCAGGCUUUGUUGAUGAAGGUCUCCAGAUAUUUGAAUCAAUGGAGAGGGAGCAUAUGAUUCAGCCUACAACUGAACACUAUUGUUGUUUUGUUGACAUGUUAGGGAGGGCAGGAAGAGUGGAGGAAGCUUACGAGUUUGUCAAGGAACUAGGAAAUGAGGGUAACGUGAUCGGAAUUUGGGGGUCACUUCUAGGAGCUUGUAGGAUUCAUGGAAAAUUUGAAUUGGGCAAAGUAAUUGCUGCAAAGCUGCUUGAAAUGGAGAAAGAGAAUGGCAUGGCUGGCUAUCAUGUUUUGUUGUCAAAUAUAUAUGCUGAGGAGGGGAAGUGGGAGGAUGUUGAUGAAGUGCGGAAGAGUAUGAAAGAGAAGGGUUUGAGGAAGGAGGCUGGUUGCAGUUGGAUUGAGGUUGGUGGUGUUGUGAACAGGUUCAUGUCUAGGGAUCAAAAUCACUCUCAGUCUGGUGCUAUAUAUGCAAAGUUGGAAGAAUUGUCUGAGGAGAUGAAGAUUGCUGGUUAUAGACCUUCUCUCAUUUGUAAUAUGGGCAGUAUUUCUGAAUCUGAUGACUGAACCAAGGGCGUAUUGGUAAAUUUUGAUGGCAAUUGCAAUAACAGAUGGGAAUAAUUAAAUUCUUGGUUUAAUGAGCUACAGGAUGAUGACCUCUACCAGAUGGAUUGGUAAUGGAUAGUAUGAGUUUGAGCAUCGGGUUUGAGCUGGUAUCGUAUGUUGGUUGUCAUACAUGCAGGAUGGUUGAUCCAACUCAGGUUUCUGCAGGCUAAUGGCUAUAUCAAUGGCUAUCGUUUUUUAGAAGGGGAAGUUAGACAAAUCCGUUUCCACAAUUCACUUAGUGACCGACCAUUGCAGGUUGUUGUACAUGAUAGAUGGUUGAUCAAACAUGGAAGGGGAGGAAAUGGACUUAUUGUUGAAGCUAGUCCAUGUGGAUGGUCUACUCUGCAAUAAGUUAUCUAGCAUUGGACAGCAAUGUCUGAAUGCUUCUUAGCAGUGAGGUGGGGUCUGCAACUAUUGACACUUAACUGGCAAUGCUAUGACCUAAAGCACUAUUUUGUUUAGCUGUGUUGUCAUCACACAGUCCAGUUUUUGUAUUGUGAUAAUGUGCAAGUACCAAUUUGAGGGUAA